UCUCUCCGUCCUUACACUUAUACAGAGUUUGCUCUCUUCUUCUUGUUCUUUGUUUUUCUUCUCCGGCCGGUGACCGCCGAUCUUCUCUCUAGAUUUCCUUGUUUCAGAGUUUUUCUGAAUCAUUUUCUCGUAGAUAAAGUCUUCUGCAUACGAUUUUCUUCUCGAGUGAUCAGCAAUGGCGGAUCAACUUACCGACGAUCAGAUCUCUGAGUUCAAGGAGGCCUUCAGCUUAUUCGACAAGGAUGGCGACGGUUGUAUAACAACCAAGGAGCUUGGUACUGUUAUGAGGUCACUAGGUCAGAAUCCAACCGAAGCGGAGCUUCAGGACAUGAUUAAUGAGGUCGAUGCUGAUGGCAAUGGAACAAUCGACUUUCCCGAAUUCCUAAACCUCAUGGCUAGGAAGAUGAAGGAUACGGAUUCUGAGGAGGAGUUGAAAGAGGCAUUCCGAGUCUUCGAUAAGGACCAGAAUGGCUUCAUCUCCGCUGCUGAGCUCCGCCAUGUGAUGACCAAUCUCGGCGAGAAACUGACCGAGGAGGAGGUCGAUGAGAUGAUCAGAGAAGCCGAUGUGGAUGGCGAUGGCCAGAUUAACUACGACGAAUUCGUCAAGGUCAUGAUGGCCAAGUGAGAAUCAUGCCCCCCUUCUACUAUCACCAGAAUUCAAAGAUAAUAAUUCUACUCAAAAAGCAAAAAAAAAAAAAAAAAAAAAAAAAAAAAAAAAAAAAAAAAAANAAAAAAAAAAAAAAAAAAAAAAAAAAAAAAAAGAGGGUUGGUCUACUUUAUAAUUGGAUUCUCCUGAUUUUCCCUUUGAUUCCCGUCCACAGUCUUCAUCGUCAGUUAAAAAAUUGGGAUUUUGUUUUAUACAAAAUCCCUAGUAGGAAAAUAGUUGUCUCUGCUUUAUUUGUGACGUUUUCAAUUUGAAUGUAUCAUGUGACAAGAAAAGUGUCCUCGCUGUUCCUCAUCUCUCCUUUCUUUCUUUCCGUUUUCUUUUUCUUUGCCAACCUCUAAUGUGAUUGGAUUAUUUAGCCAA